AGCGAGCUAAAGGCAUGAACAAUCCCGUCAGGUACUAGAAAACUUUAUUAUUCUCACAUGUGGGGGAGAGAGAGUAAAUCAUGGUAAAUGAAUGAGUCAUUCGGCUGCCUCCAGCUCUAUUCUAUUGAAGCUCGGCAGGUUUCACACGCAAAACAAGAAAUCGGCAGACGGCGAGACCACGGAUUGGUUGAGCAACCCUGAACAAGUGUUAAGACACCACCGCAGAUGUUCAAAAGCCUUUUGUUUGUGGUGCCAAAGUCGACGACAUUUGAAAUUCAAAACUCCGGUAGCAGCCUAUGAGGUCUAAGGAAGAUAAUACGUAAUGUUUUCACGUCCUUCCGUGGUGGCAGGUUUUGAUUGACAACCACGGCUGCCGCCCUAAGAGCUCUCACGGGUGUCUGCUGAACACUGCCGCGUAGUCGAAUCACCAUAUCUUACAAGUCGGCAUCAACACAGAUCCCUACUGAACGAAGAACCCGUCCUUCUUAGAAAUAAUCGUCUUAGAGUAAGUAUAAAAGUAGUCCUUUUCCUUGGAAACGGUCUCUGAGCCGCCAAAGUGGUGAGAAAAUUCAUUUGUGAGGGGCAUCUUCGUGGUUCGGUUCAUACCAGCUGUCGACCUAUUCCUCAGAUUGACGCGUCUUCUUUCGCUCGUUUUGUUGCCGAUGGUAGCUGUCUUUUUCAAAAGCUAGGCGGGAUUGAGAAAUCUUUUAAGUUCCAAUCUGAAAACUCCAUCGGUCUAGCUCCUAAUACAUCGUUGUCCUUGUCUUCAUUACCAUGGUAAGACCUUUCUGAUGCCGGCAGUCCUACGGUGUACCGCGAAGGAAGUGUACGAACGAAGUUAUCAUCGACAACGAAAUGGCUAAACAGCACUACCUACCUACUGGUGUAAUUUUUUUUAAAAUAAAAAAGAGGUAUUUAAGCGAGGUGAAAUCAAGAGGACGAUGAAGAGUUGACUCGGAAAACAAUGCUGUUUUGUCCGUCAGCAUCGCCGGAAUAUGGAGGUGUCUUUGUUUGUCGGAAAUGACUCUUUCUUCUUCACCGGGAGACUGCUUUCCGAACAACUCUUUGUGAAGCUUCUUGCUUUUUUAUCUGCGCUUACAGAAAGCAUUUUGAAGGCCAAAAAGCGACCAUCAAGGAAAGGCGGCUAGACGUUUGAAAAAUCUUGAAAAUUUGAGGGAUUUGAUGAAGAAGGAGAAAGCGAUCUGGCGACGGACCUCGUGGCAUGACGGCCAAGUCGCAAACUCCGAAUGUCUCAUCAAAACGACCUAGGACUUUCAAGGAUCACCACGACUGUACAAUACAAUUUAAAUUAUCCCAUCCGAGUGUUAGAAAGACGAAGGAGAAAUUUUGUCAUUCUAAUGAAAUAUUUCGAAAUCUCGCCGUUCAGCUGCGAUUUGCCUCCGUCGGGGGUCGAGCCUGAAUACCUCAUGUCAACGGGUAUUUUUAGCCCUUGACGUAAACAGAGCAGUCUUUAAAUUUUCCCACCGCGGGUCGCGAAAGGGAAAUAAUCAUCGUUGAAAAUCACUGUUUACAGCAAUGAACUGGAAGAGAAUUAAAUAGAAUGUAUUCCACGUAAAGUGGGAAAUAUAUUAUCUUUUUUAAUUAAGCUUACAUUUGUGCACUUUGAUUAUCUGCGGCGCGUGAAGUCGAUUUUUUGUUGUUUUCAUUUGAAAUUCGGGCGAACAUUUUUUGAGAUGAGGAAAUGCAGUCAAAUUCAUUUGGAAAGGAAGACAAAAUAAUCGAAACGAAAGAGACAAAGAAAUAUAUUAGACAUGUAGCGAGGCAUAUAUUAUGUUUUUAAUUACAUAUGUGCACUUUGAUUUUCUGUUGUGCGUCAAGGCGAUUCAAAUGCAGUCUAGUCAAACCCACAUGUUGACAGUAAGACAAAAUAAUCGAAACGAAAGAGACAAAAUGAUCCAAUUCUAGACAACAUUAGUUUGUUUGAAUUUUUAAGGUUAUAUGAAUAACUGUAUUUCGCCUCUACAAGAUUAAAAUGCAUACUAAACUAAUUAUUGAAGUACUUUACAUUACUUGUCCUUUACAAGACCAUUUAGUAAUAUCAGCUGACCCUAUAGUAAAUUUAUAUUAAGAGGUCAUGUGACCAUUUAAAGUUUGAAAUGGAGGUUAUUGUUCCUCUAAAGCCCUCUUCAAUUGGAUUGGAUCAUAUGUGAAGUAUAAAGUCAUCUUACUAAAUGUUUGAUUGAAACCUUGUUAAAUUUUUGUGAUAACUAUUUAUAUCUUUCUGCCUUUUCUUCUUGCAUGUAGAACAUGUUGCAGUAAGAUAUAGUGAUAUGCUGACAUCACUUAUUGAUUUUAUGAAGCGCAUUGGUUCUUGAAACAAAACAUUUUUUAUUUCACUCAUUUUAAUUUGAAUAACUAAAACAAUUUUUGUAAACAUUGAUGUCUCCUUAAUAAAUGAAUUUAAAAAUGAUAAUUUCAAUGAUAGGGAUUUUACCUUUUUUUGGUUUUGUUUUUGUUUUUUUCAUUUCCAUUUUAAUGAUGAUCUAGUAUUACUUUUAAUUUUAUUAUUCUCAUAUUCCUUAGGCAUUUUAUUCAGCAGAGAACAAAAGACGUCUUCAUUGCGUGAUGGCUUCCAUGGCCACAGCAUAUCAAGACUUCACCAAAAUAAAUCAAGAACCUGUGCUGCGCAGAUGUACGCCAUUCUGUGAAAAAAACAAGGAAUGCCCAGAGCAUCAUGAGUUAUUAGUAGCUAUUGUGAACUGCACAGAUAUGCUGGGUUCAUUGUCAAAUCUCGACAACCUUAAAGAGUGUGUAGAUAAGUACACCAAGGGUGGAUGGGGAAAAGAUGAUGAUGUCCCAGAUGCUGUGUCGGAUAAUCGAUUUCCUCUCAUCCAUUGGGCAGCAGCUCUUGGAAAGUGCAAUGCUUUAGAGUGGAUGCUCGCCAGUGGAUUUUCCCCAGUGGCAAAAUCAUCUGGAAAUGGUGAAACAGCCUUACACCGUGCUAUUCAGUGGCUGCACAAGUCAAGACCAAAGUUUACUGUUAAAGAACUCAAUCCAAAGUUUUCAAAAAUGGUUGCACUGUUGAAGGAGACACUGUUGAUCAAAGAUGAGGCUCAUGGAGAAACUCCUCUCCAUACAGCUGCUAAUAUGCUGGUUCAUGGAGAGCAUAAGCCUAAUUUCUUCCUGUCUUGUUGUGAAGUGAUUGUUAACAAAGGAAAGAAGAUGGGAGAUUAUGCAGAUGCUAUUUUAAACUCUGUUAAUGAUUCUGGUGAAACAGCCCUACAUGUUUUAGCUCGCGGUGAAAGACAUAAGGUGGAAUACUGCACUCAGGCCAUUAGGACUCUCAUUGUCGCUGGUGCAGAUAGGAGUAUCAGAAAUAAUGAAGGACAGACAGCUUUAGAUAUUGCCCUCGCUGGUGGAUCAGAAUCUAUUGUUGAGGAGCUUAUCAGGGUAUGUGUCAUAUACUAUGGCUACCUACACCUGACUGUCAGUAUAUACAUUGCAGUCGAUUGAAACCAAAACUAAUCAGUCCUGAAUGAUUUAUUGAAGAAGAGCUCUAAUACGUAUACCUUACAAUGCCAAUAAUCCUUUCAUGACUACCAUACCUUAAGGUGCCUAUAUGGACUUUCAAUGAACAAAGUUAGGGUGGUUUUCUUUUUACCAAAGGUGACUAAGAAACUGGGGCAUUAUGACAGAAUUAGUACACGAGUCUUUGUGUACAAUGAACUUUUGGGCAAUGCCUUUGUUUUUAAAGGGCAAGUGGUAGCUUUAAUGGGCCAAUUUGCUCCUGCCAGUUGUUUGGGCUUGCUGUGGGCUUAUGCAGUGCAUUCCAACCAUGUUCGGGGGUUUUGUGCCUUACUCAUCAAUAAAAGCAGAAAUGAAAGGAGUGCUUUGAUUCUGAACUUGAUAGUAAAAAAAAGGUUUAGAUUUUUUGGAGUAAAUUCCAUCCAUGCCUUCAUUCAUACCACCAGGUAGUUGAAACAGAUGAAUCUGUACUGGAUAACAUGUCUGCUGCUGAGAGCACAGGAGAGCUGGGAUACUCUGGCCUUGUGACCCCAUCACCUCCUCUUAGUAUAGAUGGACACAGUCACUCACCAGUGAGUGCUACAACAAUGGACAAUGAAGAUGAGGAUUCUAUAUAUCCUCGCAUUGCCCAUGUGCAGUCAGUCAACAUUAAGGUGGAGCCUCUUGAUGACAAUGAAGAUCCUGAUCAGGUAUUAAGUCAAAGCAAUCCUAAGGAUGAGAAUAUGGCUGGGGAUUGGGAAAGGAUAAUUGUAGAAUUAGCAAGAAUUAAGUGUUAUGUAACACCAAGUACCGUAAUCUUCCACUUAUACGCUCCCCAAGUUGUAGGCCUAUCAACCUGUAAACCAAAAAAUACAUCUAGUUAUAAGCCCCCUCUAGCAUUUUUUGAUUGAGCUGAAUUCAAAUUUUUACGACGUUUUAAAGCUUAAAAAGAGAAGUAAAUUCAAAAAGUGUUUUAGUCAGCACUGCUAUGUAGCUUGUUUUGAAACUUUUUUUGAUAUGCCCCCCAAAACCCCCACCCCUGGGAUAUAUUCAUUUAUGUGCCCUCCUAAAACCCCUUGCAAAGCUGGAUAAGCCCAGGGAAAUCAAACAUUAGCCUUAGAGAUUCCAGUUGGAAGUAUAUUAUUAUUGUUUUCUGUUGUUGUUAUUGUUGUUGUUGUCAAAGGAGCUGCUUGUAAGUGUGUAGCUUUAAGACUGGAACAGGUGGUUUGAUGGAUGAUGUUUUUGUAGACUUGAUCUCUUCCUAACCUUUUCCACUUAUUAUAGUUAAAAGGUGGUGUGUCAUCAUUUUUGCAGCAAAUUCAGCAGUUGCAAGAAGAGCAGGCUUCAAGUAGUGGACCUAGUUCAGGUAAGUGCUGCAUCAGAUAAGAAUUUGUUGGAGAUGCACAAGUAAUAUGAUUAUCAAACAUGUGGUGCAGCAGUGUUUUCAAUAGCAUUCAGACACCAAGAAGCUGGCUUUAGAAAAAGAGAAACAGCUAACUUUUGUUAGGUGGAGUUCAUGAUGUGUGAACAUUGGACAAAAUGCUUCCUUGACUGGUGUCUGUAAACGAUAAAUACAUCUGGUUAUAAGCCCCCACAAGAUAUAAGCCCCCCUCUAUCUUGUAUUGGAAUAAAUUCAGUUUUUUUGAAGUUUAAUUAAGCUAGUAAAGUAGAAAAGGUUUUUUGAUCAGCACUGCUAUGUAGCUUGCUUUGAAACGUUUAUAUCAGUCCAGUUAAUUAAGCCCCCUGUUAAAACCUCCUAAACCCUCCUUACGACGAAGUUGUAUAUGCCCAGGCUUAUAAGCGGAAGUUUGCGGUAUAUGUUUUUCAAAGAUAUUUUAUUUAAUGUCUGUAUUGUUGUUUUAUAAUUUCUGAUGUUGUAAAAUAGCCUAGAGCUGUCUUCAAUUUGACAUGUUUUAUCUGAGUAGUUUUGAGAUAAUUUUGUGUGAAAUGAACGUUUCAGAUCUUUGUGGUAACUCACCAUUGCUCAAACAUCUUGGAGAGGCAGGGCUUUUGAAUGAUGUGUCAGCAUUACUUGCUCGUGCACGGAGUAGAGAUGAAGGCAACCUUCGGAAAUUGCAAGCCCAAGCUAAAGGUAUCAGUGGAUUUUAGCGACAGUAGUCAGUAUUACACUGCAUACAUGUAUAAGCAUGCGUAUAUAAGACUGCACACCCCCCUCUCAACUCCAAAACAACUCAAACAAAAGUUGCAAUAAAAUAGACAAUUAGACUUUCUAGUCUACUAUGGCUAAACUGUGGACCGCAUCUCACAACCCUUGCACAUAUUAUUUAUGUGGGACAUUAAAGAACCCACACACUGUUCGUAAUGAGUAGGGGUCUUGCUCCCUGGUGAUGUGGUUAUCUCUCAAGGGUAUAGAGACUGUUAUUGUCAAGCAGUAAUUAGUGCCAUGCACUGUUGCGGUGACACUGCCAAGAAUUGCCUAACUUUUUGUUUUUGUUUAUGUUUGUUUGUUUUUCCUUUUAUGUUGUUCUAUUUAUCUUAAUUAAUUUAAUUAAUUUAUUUAUUUUCUAUCACUUUUUUCUUCUUCAAAAUUUAUGAUAUUUUUCCUCUCUAUCUUUCGUGUGUUGCAACCCUAUAAAAUGUAAUUUAACUAUUGUAACUACUCAGCUCGUUUAGUUCUUUUUGCUAUUCUGAGUAGGUUGUUUUCCUGAUAAAUUUUAAGUUAUGCUGUUCUUGUAAAUGUUUUAAGUUUACAAAAUAAAAUGGUUGGUUGUUAUUGUUGUUGUUGUUGCUUAAGUAAAUAAAUAAAUAGAAAAUAAUGUAUUAUGUUCUUUUUCUGUUGCAGAGGUAGAUGCACAAAUUAAUACAAAACUGAAAGAAAUUGAAAGAAUGAAGCUUGAAGUUUCCUCACUUAAACUGAAACGAAAGAGAUGUGAUAUUGAAGUUGACAAACUUCAUAAAAGACUUGCAUCGUGUGACAAUGCACUAAGGGAAAUACCCGGUGCAUCUUCACAGUCUUCGACCCCUACAAGCAUGUGAUUGUGUAGAAAUAUUAUGUUGUACAUUGUUAAAUUGUAUAUAAAAUUUACUUUUCUUGUAUAACAAAGGAAAAAAAAAGGAAUUUAUUACAUUCAAGGUAGAGGUCAACAUGUUUUGGCUCACUCUGGUAAUGCAGAGUGAACUUUAUAAGCCACAAGCUAAUGUAUGAGCUCUUUAAAACCCAAUGGAACACCUAAAAAAAAGGUGCAGUUAAAAACCCACACCACUCAGAUCUUUUGUUCUUUUUUGUAAUGUCUUGAUGGUAACAGGGAACGUUUUGAUGUUGUGCGUCUUGUGUGAGCCAUACGCCUCAACCUUGAAAUCAAAAAUUAAUCAUCUAUUUGAACAAAAUAUAUUUAUUUAAGUAUUCUACAGUGCAAAACAACGUUUUACCAGAAGAAACUGGUUUGGAAAAGGAGUUGUAAGUCUCAUUUUAUUUGCAAUAGUCACACAUGACAAAUGCCUUGUAUUUAAGUCAUCAGCUGAUAUUUGAUUGGAUGUGUAAUGAAAUUUAAAAUCUUCCUUGUUAUAAAGGUUGCUUAAAUGUUUUGUCAAUCUUGUCCUUGGCAGUUUAAUAAUAGUAAUUGUAAUACUGUAAUUAUCCUUAACCCUCUAUGAGGCUUGUCAAGGAUAAUGAAACAAGUAAUUUAAAUGGAACAUAAUAUGGUUAAAAAUUCCAACUGGCGAGAGGCGAACCAGUUGGAUAUUUUACAAGCUAUCGUGGCCGAGGAUUUGAACUCGGGACUACCGAGAACAAAUCCAGCUAGCGGUCAGGGGGGACUUGAACUCGGGGCCUCUGAAUUAGAAGUCCGGCACUCUAACCGCUCGGCCACGCCACCUCCUUCUCAGCUUCCCUUGAGAUUCUUGGUUAUGAGUAACCGUAUGUGAUCUUAUUGACGCACCCAGCCAAAUAAACGCCUCUUGUCUAAUAAAUGCCUCCCUUAUAAUUUUAAGUUUGUAUUAGACGCCCCUCACUAAGAAACCGGCACCCCAUGUCUAAUAGACGCCCCCCUCCCUUCCGCCACCCAUAUCCAAAAUUCAAGGAAAUAGCACGAAGGAGCAAGAUCG